AUGAAGCACACUACCUUUUGCCUCCUCGCAUAUCACGCGAUAUGCGCCCUGUCUCUACCUGCAUCAAGCGCUCAAGAUGAGUGUGGAGAGCUCGGCGUCAUGGACUGGACCAACGUGGAAAUCCCAGAUGCCGUCAACCGCACCAACCUCCGAACAUGCAAGGAACAUCCAGCCACUCUGACCAGCCCCAAGGAGAGGGACAAUACCUUGCAGGAACGACGAUGCAUUCCACCCAAAAAGAAGCAGAAGUGGGGAUGUGAUCAGAAGACUGGAUACUGCUGGAUGAAUUGUGGCAAAGUGAAAAAGGGCGAGUGGUGCUGGGAGGCCUUUGAUUAUGGGACUGGAGCUUGGUCGAAUUGCAAGACGGAUCUUGAUUGCUUUAGGAAUACGGAAAAGGGGGCGCGGUGCUCGACUGGUGACUGCGAGAGCUGUGGAUGUGGCUGUUGA